CGUCAUUCUCCUCCUCUUCCUCCUCUUCCAUUCCUUCACAGGCACUGGCUGCAGCAUGACCAUCGAAUCCUGCCUAUGAAGUAAGCCAGGGCAUUACUACGCUAUUGCUGUAACUGUAUCGGCCAUUCUUGCUACGGAGCCUUGUCCUGUCUGCGGUUCAAGAGAAUCGUCUACUCUGCGCACGGGGACUAGUCAACAAUCAAGCAGGGUUACAGAUGCGCCGUGACAAUGCGGGGUUUUGGCCGUACACUGGCAACCUCCACAAUAGCCUGAACUCUGAGACUUGCACAAUACAUGGGAUAUCACCGACCUCAAAACCUGGCUACCCUCCUUAGUAUGACGUGGUAUUGCCUCUCUCUCCGCUGCAAUUGCUUUCGCUAUGACUUCUCAAGCAUGUAUAAUUGGGACUGGUACUACGGCGGCCCGACUCAAACUCGCGGACGGCGGACUCGCGACACACGAAUAUCACUGGCGCGAUCGGCAGGCAUGGCUUCGGGAACAGGGCUACAUGCUGCGACCACGAUACAGGCCAGAUUGGAAGCCUUCCUGGCUAGGUACAGCCAAGUACCACCGAGAUUGCGAAGAUGGCCUCAUUACGUUGUGGCCUACUGUCCUAGAUGCUAGGCGUCUGUCCGAUGGUCUACCGGUGAUGUUGAAGGCAAUUGACACUGUCAUUCACCCGUUUGAGGUGGAAAUAGGACGAUACUUGUCCUCUGAGCAACUGCUGCACGAUCCGCGGAAUCACUGUGUGCAUAUGCUUGAGGUCCUUCGAGAUCCCAUUGAUAUCAAGAAGUCCAUAAUCGUUAUGCCCCUUCUCAAGCGGUUCGGAAAUCCAGAAUUUCAGACGUUCGGAGAGGUGGUCGCCUUCUUCAAACAGGCGAUCGAGGGCUUACACUUCAUGCAUGAUCACCACGUUGCUCAUCGGGAUAUCUCGAUUUUGAAUGUCAUGAUGGACGCGACACCGAUGUAUUCGAAGGGAUUAUGGCACCCUGUAAGCGCAGUCUACAACCGUAGAUUCACUGGAGGCGCGGAGCACUCAAGUCGCACCGAGCGACCCAUCAAGUACUUCUACAUCGACUUCGGGCUAUCACGCAGGUACGAUCCUGCGGACGGUCCACCGCGUGAAUUGCCGAUUCGGGGCGGUGACAAGAGCGUCCCGGAAUUUCAAGAAGACGGCUACGACGUAGCUUCUGACCCCUUCCGUACCGACAUCUACUACCUUGGAAACCUCAUGCGGACUACCUUCUUUGAGAAGUACCGCGGGUUCGGGUUCAUGAAGCAGCUCGUGGCUGACAUGGUACAAGACGAUCCGGAGAAGCGACCGACUAUCGCAGAAGUGGGGACCCGGUUCGACAAGAUAUGCCGCCGGCUUUCGUGGUGGAAGCUCCGGACGAGGCUAGUGGCCAAAGAAGAGACCGGCUUGGAGCGAGCCGUGUUUAGUACGAUGCAUUUCUUCUGGACAGCGAAGCUCGUCGCCAAACGGCUGCCUUCCGUACCAAUUCCUUCUUCAUGA